CGUGGACGUCUUUUCUCCUUCCCACCGCGCAGGUUGUGCGUGUCUUACUCUCCAGGGUCACUGUUUGCUUUUGAGUCUCUUCUGUCGUGCUCUGAGCUGCACUGGUCGUUGGAGUCGAGAGAAGGACGCAGAAGCGGAGGAAACUUCGCAAUGGACUCAGUGACCUUUGAUGAUGUGGUUGUGAACUUCACCCUGGAGGAGUGGGCUUUACUGGAUCCUUCACAGAAGAAACUCUACAGAGAUGUGAUGGAGGAAACCCUCAGAAACCUGGCCUCACUAGGAAAAACAUGGGAAGAUCAUGAUGUUGGAGAUCAGUACAGAAACCAGGGGGGGAAACUAAGAAGUCCUCUGGUAGAGAGACUCUCUAAACAUAAAGACAGUAGUCUGUGUGGAGAAAACUUCAGUCUUAUUCCAAGUCUCAAUCUGAAAAAGAAAACUACUGGAUCAAAACCAUGUGAAUGCCAUUCAUGUGGAACAGUCUUCAUGGAUCACUCAUCCCUUAAAAGACACAUAAGAUGUCACACUGAACAUACACCAGGAGAGUUUCAAAACUUUGGUGACAAGCUAUAUGAAUGUAAGCACUGUGGUAAAGCCUUUAAUCAUUUCACUUCCUUCCUAAUGCACAAAAGAGGUCACACUGGAAGGAAACUGUAUGAAUGUAAAAUAUGUUCUAAAGCAUUGAGUUCUCCCAGUUCUCUUCGAUAUCAUCAAAGAACCCACACUAGAGAAAAACCCUAUGAGUGUAAGGAAUGUGGGGAAGCCUUCACAUGGCUCAUAACCUUUCAAAAACACAUGAUAACACACACUGGAGAUGGACCUUAUAAAUGUAAGGAAUGUGAGAAAAUAUUCAUUAAUCCCAGUUCUCUUAAAAUGCAUGAAAGGAAUCACACUGGAGAGAAACCCUAUCAGUGUGAAGAGUGUGGCAAAGGCUUCAGUUAUGUCUCUUCCCUCCGAAUCCACAAAGGAAGUCACACUGGAGAGAAAUUGUAUGUGUGUAAAACAUGUUCUAAAGUAUUGAGUAGUCUUGGUUCUCUUCGAAAUCAUGAAAGAAUCCACACUGGAGAAAAACCCUAUGAGUGUAAGGAAUGUGGCAAAGCCUACACAUGGUAUAAUAAUUUGCAGUAUCACAUGAUAACACACACUAAAGAUGGACCUUAUAAAUGUAAAGAAUGUGAGAAAGUAUUCCUUAAUCCCAGUUCUCUCAAAAUACAUGAACGGAGUCACACUGGAGAGAGACCCUAUGAAUGUAAGCGAUGUGGUAAAAAUUUUAGUUCUCAAAAUGGUCUCCACACCCAUGAAAGAACGCACACUGGUGAAAAACCCUUUCAAUGUAAGGAAUGUGGGAAAGCCUUCACGUGGCAGAAAACCUUUCAGAAACACAUGAUAACUCACAAUGGAGAUGGACCUUAUAAAUGUAAAGAAUGUGAGAAAGUAUUCAUUAAUCCCAGUUCUCUUAAAGUACAUGAAUGGAGUCACACUGGAGAGAAACCCUAUCAAUGUAAACAAUGUGGUUUAAGUUUUAGUUCCCAAAAAGGCUUCCGGAAUCAUGAAAGAUAUCACACUGGUUGUAAAAUAUGUGGGAAAACCUUUACUUACAUUUAUCCUCAAAAACAUGAAAGAACUCACACUGGGGAGAAACCAUAUCAAUGUAAGGAAUGUGGGAAAGCCUUCAUAUCUCUGUCAAGAAUUUGAAGGCACACUGGAGAAAAACCAUAUACAUGUGAAGAAUGUGGGAAAGACUUAUCAUAGUAAUUUAAGAAGGCAUGAAAAGAUUCAUUAGAUAAAACUUCUUGUUUGUAACCAGCUUGGGAAGUAAUUCAAAUUGGCCCACAUCCUUAGAUGCAAAAACUCCCAUGGAGAAGAUGUAGGAAUGUAAGUAACAUGAGAUAACUCAAUGGAAAGUAAUCUAUGUAUAAUGUUUCAGAAAGCUUUCGGUAUGAGUUUGUUUUAAAAGUUUAUAAAUAUGUUGUGUUUACUGAGGAUCUUUCUUCAGGUGCAUUGUUGGACAUUGAAUUUCUACUAAUUUCAGAAAUGAAUAUUUUGAAUUAUUUCUAUAAGUUGUCUUUCAACAAUAGUACAUAAGGUUUAAAGGUAGUGAUUUUUCUUUUUUUCUUUUUUUAAUUACUCA